GGGCCAUAAAUGAUUCAGCCCGCGAGUAUAAUGUGCUCAUAUUUAAAAUUAAACAAAAUCCCUCUAGGGUUUACACAAGAGGCUUCGUCCACAGCUCAAUCUCCUCAAGCGAAAAUGCCGUCGCACAAGACAUUCAUGAUUAAGAAGAAGCUGGCGAAGAAGCAGAGGCAAAACAGGCCGAUUCCUUACUGGAUCCGUAUGCGCACUGACAAUACCAUCCGGUACAACGCGAAGCGCAGGCAUUGGCGCCGUACCAAGCUAGGGUUUUGAGGUGCUGCUUGGGAAUAUUUUCCCUUUCUUUAUGUUAUGAUGGGUUUUAGGUUUGUUGCUUCAUUUAUGGACUAUAGCCUAUCUCCUGAGACAAGUGUUUUUUGAUUAAGAUGAAAGUUUGAUAUUAUGGAUUA